ACAACACCAACAACACCAUUCUUCCAUCUAUUCUCUCUUGUUCUUCUACUCUCUCACUAGUUCUACUCUUCCAUUAACUAGCUAGUAAGUCUCUUUCCCCCUUUAUUUAUAACAAUAACAAAUUUAUGUAUUAUUUAAUUUUCAAUUUACGCUUGAAAAUCCGAAACUCCCUACAGAAAUGUCCUUGGCCUUGCAAAACUAUAAUCUGAUAGUUGGAGAAAAUGAUUGGCGCCAUUUCUCUGUCAACGAACAUAACCGUGACUUGUUCAGGUUCCGCCAUUCCUCAGAAACCCAGCAAACCUCAAACUCCCUCAACUCUCAAAUGCCUCGCCAAAUCCGGCAAAUUAGAGGAGGCCAUUCGCCUCAUCGAAGCCUCGCCCUCCAAACUGACGGCCACCCAGUCCGACAUGGAGGCCUACUCCCUCCUCCUCCACACCUGCAUCUCCCAAAAGUCCUUAGAGCACGGCCAACGCCUUUAUCUACAGUUUCUUCUCUCCAAACACAGCCUCCUCGUCAACAAUCCCACCUUGAAAAGCAAGCUCAUUACUCUCUACUCUGUUUGCGGCCGAGUCGACGAAGCCCAAUCUGUUUUCGUCGACGGGCUCGAACAUGCCCCCGAGUCGGUGUGGGUGGCCAUGUGCAUUGCGUAUUUGAGAAAUGGCUACUUGGUCAGAGCGUUGCUCUUGUAUUGUGACAUGUUGUGCAGAAUGAUCUGGCCGGGGAAUUUCGCAUUCUCGAUGGCGUUGAAGGCCUGUGCAGAGUUGUCUGAGCUGAGACUCGGGAGAGCUGUUCAUGCCCAGAUUGUGAAAUCCAAUGAAAAGCCGGAUCAAGUGGUGAGUAAUGCUCUUCUGAGGCUCUACUCGGACCAGGGGUGCUUUGCGGAUGCCCUCAUGGUGUUCGAUACAAUGCCUCAACGAAAUGUUGUUUCGUGGAACUCUUUGAUUGCGAGUUUUGUUCGACGAGACCGAGUGGUUGAGUCACUGGAGUGUUUUAGGAGAAUGCAAGGCGAGGGGAUGGGGUUUACUUGGGUUACUCUCACCACAGUUUUACCAAUAUGCGCUAGAAUGACUGCACUCUACAGUGGGAAGGAAAUACAUGCCCAGAUAGUCAAGUCCACCAAGAGACCUGAUGUCCCUGUACUGAACUCACUUAUGGACAUGUAUGCAAAAACUGGAGCUAUUGAUUACUGUAAGAGGGUGUUUGACAAUAUGCACAGUAAAGAUUUGACAUCGUGGAAUACUGUCCUUACAGGGUAUGCAGUGAAUGGAUUUAUCGAACAAGGAAUGGUGCUGUUUGAUCAGAUGGUAGAGUGUGGGAUCAGACCAGAUGGAGUGACCUUUAUAGCUCUGUUGUCUGGCUGUAGCCAUGCGGGGCUUACUGACCAAGGACGGAGAUUAUUUGAUAAAAUGAAGUUGGGAUAUGGCAUAUCCCCAACUGUUGAGCAUUACGCUUGUCUUGUAGAUCUCUUGGGAAGAGCUGGUAGGAUUGAAGAGGCCAUAGAUGUAGUGGAAACAAUGCCUAUGAAGCCAUCUGGAAGCAUAUGGGGAUCAAUACUCAAUUCGUGCCGGCUCAAAGGCAAAGUUUCUCUUGCUGAGCGUGCUGCAACAGAGUUGUUUGAGCUUGAACCUAACAAUCCUGGAAACUAUGUGGUGCUCUCAAAUGUUUAUGCAAAUGCAGGGAUGUGGGAAGGCGUCAAUAGGGUUCGAGAACUUAUGAAGGAGAGGGGACUUAAAAAGGAGGCUGGAUGCAGUUGGUUACAAAUAGGGAGUAGGAUCCACACAUUUGUAGCGGGUGGGGGUUUUCAAUUUCGUAAUUCAGCUGAGUUUAAGAAAGUUUGGAAUGAAUUGACAGAUGCUAUGGAAGAGGUUGGCUAUAUUGCUGACACCAGUGUUGUAUUACAUGAUGUAAAUGAAGAAGUGAAAUCAAUAUGGGUUUGUGGGCACAGUGAAAGAGUCGCAGUUACCUUUGCACUAGUCCACACUGCUGCUGGGAUGCCAAUUAGAAUUACAAAGAAUAUUCGUAUAUGUGCAGAUUGCCACUCCUGGGUGAAAAUAGUUUCAAUGGUUACAGGUAGAGUCAUUGUUUUGAGAGACACAAAUCGCUUCCACCAUUUCAAAGGAGGAGCAUGCACUUGUAAGGACUACUGGUGA